AUGGGUCUGUUGACCUUUAACAAUGUACGCUCGCAGGAGGCUCCGAGUAUCGAGCAGAGAGUGGACAGGAUCUUGUCGGAAACGCCGUUGAUCGAUGGCCACGAUGACCUUCCCAUCCUCGUUCGUAUGAAUUAUAAUAAUCGCAUCUAUGGCGACAACUUCACCUCACCAUUUAUCAACGGCUCAUUGACCGGGCAUGUCGACCUUCCGCGGUUGUCCAAGGGUAAAGUGGGUGGUACAUUCUGGAGUGUCUUUGUGGAGUGUCCUAAGGAUGGACUGGACUGGUCGGAUGAGAACUAUGCUACGAGCCUCCGUCAAACCUUUGAGCAGGUCGAUGUCAUGUCGCGCAUACAAAACGCCUAUCCCAAUGUCUUCUCGAGCCCGCCAAACGGUACAACUGCACUGCAAGCCUUCCGGGAUGGGAAGAUCAUUUCGCCGCUGGGAAUCGAGGGCCUUCAUUCGAUCGGAAACUCCCUGGCGCAUUUGCGUGAUUUCUACAAGCUGGGCGUAUCAUAUGCCACCCUCACCCAUAACUGUCACAACCGCUACGCCGAUGCAGCGGUGCAGGAGACCUCAAACGGGGGCAGCAAGAAGGCUGAUCCGUAUUGGCAUGGGAUUAGCGAAUCUGGGAAGAACCUCGUGCUCGAGAUGAAUCGUCUCGGGAUGAUCGUCGACUUGGCUCAUGUGAGUGCAGAUACAAUGAGGGAUGUCCUUGGUGCUGGCAAAGAUGACUGGACUGGCAGUCGGGCGCCGAUUAUUUUCAGUCAUAGCUCUGCGUAUGCCGUUUGUCCACACCCGCGCAACGUUCCGGACGAUGUCUUGCAACUGGUCAAGCAACGAAACUCGCUUGUUAUGGUCAACUUUGCUCCUGAUUUCGUUUCUUGCAAGGCCAUCAAUAUUACCAACGGAAUCCCAGAGUUUGAUCCCGAGAAUUCUACGUUGGAGCACGUUGUUGACCACAUCAUACACAUUGGACAGUUGAUUGGCUUUGACCAUGUUGGCCUGGGAAGUGAUUUCGACGGAAUUGCAAGAGUCCCUCGGGGCCUAGAGGAUGUGUCCAAGUUUCCCGACUUGAUUGCGGAGUUGCUGAAGAGAGGUAUCAGUGAUGACGAUGCUGCCAAGGUGGUUGGAGGCAAUCUGUUGCGGGUGUGGAAGGAUGUUGAUGAAGUUGCUCUUCAGCUUCAGGCCGAGGGUACUCUUCCGGUGGAGGACUAA